AUGGCUUCCAAAUUUCUGCGGGAAUACAAGCUGGUCGUCGUAGGCGGCGGUGGUGUGGGAAAGAGUUGUUUGACCAUACAACUCAUCCAAAGCCAUUUCGUCGACGAAUACGACCCAACGAUCGAAGAUUCAUACCGCAAGCAGUGCGUGAUCGACGACGAAGUCGCAUUACUAGACGUCCUCGAUACGGCCGGCCAGGAAGAGUACAGCGCAAUGCGCGAGCAAUACAUGCGAACAGGCGAAGGUUUCCUCUUGGUCUACAGUAUUACUUCAAGACAGAGUUUCGAGGAGAUCAUGACAUUCCAGCAACAAAUACUCAGAGUCAAGGACAAGGACUACUUCCCCAUUAUCGUUGUGGGGAACAAGUGCGAUCUGGAGAGCGAGCGACAAGUGAGCACAGAAGAGGGUCGGAAUCUCGCGCGGCAAUUUGGCUGCAAAUUCAUCGAGACGUCGGCCAAAUCGCGCAUUAACGUUGACAACGCUUUCUACGACAUCGUACGCGAGAUUCGGAAAUACAACAAGGACAUGUCGGGAUACCCCGGUGGUGGAGGCAGCGGCAGUAAGCCAAAGGAUGAGAUGGGUUUCCAAGACCAGGAACAGGACGCUGGCUGCUGUGCAAAGUGCACGAUAAUGUAA